AUGACCUUAUCCUCUAUAGCUAACAUCAAAGAUCACCAUUUGAAAGAGAAAUCACGAUUAGAAGCAUCAGACGGAUCAACAUCACAUGUCGAAAUUCCGAUUACUGCGUCAUCACCAACAAAACCAGCGUUGAUCGAAGAUAACUAUUCUGUAGAACGAUCCAAAGACUCUGAUACUGAAUUGAAUCAUAUUAUCAACCAGUGUAUGAAUGAACCAAAUGUGAGCAUGGCCAAGAAUGAUGGAGCAACAUCAAAUUCCUCCAAAUUUAACAAACGCUACUCAAAGGUUACCCUAAGAUUUAAACAUUCAACGAAAUGGAUUCCUACAAUGAAAAACAAACAUUCUUCCCAAUCAUUAAAAGAGCUUUCCAGCUCUUCCCAAUCAAAUUUUUCAAAUCAAGCCAAACAACUCAAUAUCCCGAAACCUUCAAAGAAAAUCUCAUUAAAUAGGAAUUCGUUGAUCCCUAAACGCUUUUCCAUGAACAAAUCGAAAAGUCUUAAUAUACAAACACAAAAACCAUCAGCAAUAUCGACAAGGAGCUCAAAGUCGUCACUCAAUACAUUGAAUUUUUCCUUGUCUUCGGAACAAAAUUUCCAUAACUCAAACCUUCCUCCUUCGCCAGCAAAGUCGACCAAUGCUGCAUUCUUGAUGAAAUCCACAAGUCCAAUGCCCACUUCCACAUCUGUAAAACAUUCAAUCCCAGAAAGAGCUGACAGCAACUUUUCGAGCUCUUCCAAUACAUUCAGGCGUACUGCGAAAUCUAUAUUAUUUUCAGAGUUUGCAUCAACUAAGAUGGACUCUCCAUGCUCUUCCGACAGUGAGAAUGAUGGAAUAGAUGACGCUGCUGACAGACGAGAUGACGGUUCAGAAGGUUAUGUUAAUAGCGAUGACGAAAAUGACAAUGAUAUGCCUGUAUUACGGAGAUCUAUCUCAUACACAGACUCAGAUAGAAGGCAAGUUCUGUCUUUUAUACUUAGUUCACCGCCAUCUAAAAAUAGUGCUACACCUGUUGGUGAUUAUGUUUCACAGACGAAAAGUUCUAGAUAUUCGGAUUAUAAAGCAAGUGGCACUAAAACUGAUGUCAAAGAUCGAAAGGGGGCCCAUACCAGAAGCCGCUCUAAAACCAUGGAUAACUCUGAGAAUCCUUUUAACGAGUCCGAAAAUUCAUCUACUAGUAUUUUGGGCUCUAUUGCUAACUUUGUGAAGAUAAACCGUUCCCCUUCAAUCUCUUCCAUGAAGCCAAUAGUCAAAGCAGUUUCAAUGGACGUAGAAUUGCCUUCAUUAUCUAAAGAUGACGAGCCUGAGAAGUACCUGCAAAAAAUUAUAGAAGCAUACCCACUACCAUUAAUUUGUGAAAUACUUUCAAAGGAGAAUAAAGAUAUAUUAAAAUCUACAAUGCAAGAGUAUCUGAAAAAGUUUUAUGAUUUCAGCAACGAACCACUGGAUUUCUCAUUACGUAAAUUUCUGAUGUUAAAUAACUUACCACCGGAAACUCAACAAAUCGAUCGUGUGAUUUAUCAGUUUGCUAAACACUACCAUUCAUGUAAUCCCCACCUUGGAAUUGACAACGAAAUACUUUAUAUUUUGACCUAUUCAUUGAUUAUGGUUCAUACAGACAAGUUCAAUCCCAACAACAAACGGAAAAUGACAAGAUUUGAAUUCAUUCACAAUGUUCUUGAUGCUAUCGAAAGUAAUAACGAUUCAAUCCAUGCUGGAUCCUUGCAAGGCUUUUUAGGUAAAGAAUUGAUCGGCUAUCUCUAUGAUAAUAUUACUUAUACACCUCUCAUUAAGAUAUCACCUGAGCAAUCUGUUCAUGCAAUUGAAGCGUUGAAAUCCAAUUCACCCUACCCAUACCCAAAGAGUACCUUUUUAGGAGGUUCUAACCCGCAUAAGGAAUCAGAAUACAGAAAACUUUCAAUUUCGUCCUCUUUAAGUGCUGCUUCUUCAACUCCAUUAUCAAAUCGAACCAAUUCUCAACAAUCACUUCAAAUACCUACGCAUUCAAGAAGGAAAAGUACAGCUUUUUUAUGGAGCGGUGGCUCAAAUGUGAUUGAUCCCUACGAUUACAUUGUUAAAAAUUCACCUGAAGCAUUGUCUAGUUUGAGAUUGCUGAAUGAUAAUUCCUCUGAUAUUAACAUCGGUUGUAAGAUACCAUUUUUGCCUGCUCGGGAUACCUAUGACCAUAAAGAUGAUGAAAUACCUUCUGCUGAAAUGAUAAGGAAGCAACUUGAUGAUUUUGGUGAGGCGCUGAUAAAUGAAGUGGAUACAGUUCUACUAGAAAAUAUCUGGAGAACAGCAACAGAAGAUGAGAUUGGAUUCAUUUUAAAACUACCGAAAGGACAUGGUUCAUAUUUGCUCUCGACCUCUGCAGAACCAGUUUCACUAAAUGAUAACGACGGUGAUGAGUUCUAUCUAGCUCGUGUUAUCAAGGUAGGAAUGAUCGACAAACAAGAGACGGGAUCCACAGCAAUAACCAGUUUCUCUCCGUCUAUACCUGUCCCCAAACCUGACUCCACUGACAUGUCCACAAUCGAUAUGGCAAAAUCAGCAAAAUCAUCUUCUAGAAAGUCAACAGGAAAAAUAUGGAAACCAUAUUUUUGUAUUCUCACUACUGUUGGGAUGUUUUUGUUUGAGAACAUUGCUACUUUCAGGAUGAAGUAUUGUGGGUGCAAUAAAUAUGGGAACAAUGUUGUAAUUAUUGAAGAGGCUACUCCAAAGGUUAUUGGUUUCAAAGAAUUUGGUAUUAGUCAGGAUAACGAGCACUCAAGCGAUAGCGCCGGAUUUAUGUCUUUUCCCUAUUUCAAAUCUGACAAAAGUGAAAAGAGUGAAAAAGAUAGGGAUCCAGAUAUAUUUGAAGAUUCUCAGCCGAAAUUCACCAUAAAUCCAGACUGCUUUGCAACAAGAAAAAUUCAAAAUAUUGCUUAUGAUAAGACUGUGAACAGGUCUCUUUCGUUUAGUUCAGGUUCUGACUCUUUGAAAUCGCAGGCUAUUCUGCCACCAAUGAGUGAUUCAGGCAAUUCUGAGUUACAAAACGAGGAGCCUAAUUCUUCUUUCAAUACCCGUAUGAAGAAUCACGGAACCAAAUUUCCGUCUCCAAAGGAUGCAAAGUAUACAUUUUUUAUUUACAGCAAAGAUUUUAAAAACAUAUACAUGGUUACGUCGUUAUCUGAAUUGAAAAGUUGGAUUCAUAGUAUCAAUGCUAUGGCAACCUUGCAUUUGAUGGAAUAUGACUACAGACCUCUAGAUUAUAGCAUUAUCUUGAAAAAUAACUCAGACAUGACAGGAAAAAAGUGUGAAAAGUACUACGAAAUCGUACCACCUAAUAAAGGUUGUAUCUGCGUAAAAAAAAAGAGUAAAGAUAUAAGCCACAAUAAAGAUAAAGAAACUGUCUUAACCCCCUUUUACACAGAAUCGUCAAAUCAACUAUAUGAAAUAUCAAGAAAAAGAAAUAAUACUGUACAUGCUGGAUCAUUAUCACCUACAGAAUCACACACGGAAAUAGAAUACUCUGAUGGUGGUAUAUCCAAUAUAGAAAGAGAAGAGAGUCUGGCUAGUAUCGAAUCGUCGAAAGCCAUCUCGGAAUAUGAAAGCGCAAUAGGAAACACCAUAAAACCAUGCAUGAAUGAUUUCAAAAUUCAGGAAGGUGAAGGCAUCAGAACCAGCACGGACACCAACAAUUUUGGAAAUGCUCAGAAGCUAGGUUCUUCUAGUCAAUCAUCUGUUCUGUCGGAUUCUAAAGAGAGUUUCGCCGAACUACUACAAAACCUAUAUAGUGUACAAAACUUGAAAAUUGUUAUGCCUCUCCAGAAGUCCACACGUGAUGAGCUUCUUUCUACCUUGAAAAUAUUAGGUGUCAAGUUGGAGUGGUUGUGGUUUGAUAGAUGUAAGGCCAAAGCUCUAAAUAUGCUAACUGAACGUAUCAAACAAAUCUCCAACAAGUCAGUAGGACAUUAUUGA